CUUCUCUUAAGCCCUGUGUUUUGUGUUCUAUCCAGGGCUCUUUGGUCUUAUUCUUCUUCUUCUUCAUCAUCGUCCAAACUCAAAACUCAAUCAGACACAACAAGAAAUGGCUGCUCAGGCCUUGGUUUCAUCUUCUCUUACUUCCUCAGUGGAGACUGCCAGACAGAUACUUGGGUCAAGGCCUCUGCAAUCUCCAUCAAGGAAGUCUUCUUCCUUUGUGGUCAGGGCAGCUUCUACUCCACCAGUCAAGCAAGGAGCUGACAGGCCCCUCUGGUUUGCAUCCAAGCAGAGCCUUACUUACUUGGAUGGCAGUCUUCCAGGUGACUAUGGGUUCGAUCCACUGGGACUUUCAGACCCUGAAGGCACAGGAGGGUUCAUCGAGCCAAGAUGGUUAGCCUACGGGGAGGUCAUCAACGGGCGGUAUGCCAUGCUGGGUGCUGUUGGUGCGAUUGCGCCUGAGAUACUGGGGAAGCUGGGCCUCAUCCCACCGGAGACCGCCCUGCCUUGGUUCAAAACCGGGGUAUUCCCCCCAGCGGGGACAUACAACUACUGGGCAGACCCUUACACACUGUUUGUAUUCGAGAUGGCACUGAUGGGAUUUGCAGAGCACAGGAGAUUCCAAGACUGGGCCAACCCAGGGUCAAUGGGGAAGCAGUACUUCCUCGGGUUUGAAAAAUACUUGGGAGGGUCUGGCGACCCAGCCUACCCAGGAGGCCCACUGUUCAACCCUCUCGGGUUUGGUAAAGAUGAGAAAUCCCUCAAGGAUCUGAAGCUCAAAGAGGUUAAGAAUGGGAGAUUGGCUAUGUUGGCCAUAUUGGGCUACUUUGCACAAGGGCCUGUGACAGGAGUCGGGCCCUUACAAAACCUGCUGGACCAUUUGGCAGACCCUGUCAACAACAAUAUCAUAACCAGCCUCAAGUUCCACAACUAGGAUACUCAUCCUCUUGUUGCUUUGCUUCACGAUUCACUCUCUCUGUGUCCUCUCAGCUGUCACCUCUCUCUCUCCCCUCAUAUUUGUAAUGUUAUUAUGUGAAGACUUGGCCUUAAAUUUUAAUCAAUCAAUCAGUAACAAAAUCACUGUUUAAAGACUCAAAA